AUGGCGGAACCCAGUAGUUUUCACGAGGUUCCGCUUUUGCGGGAUGAAAGUUCCCGUUGGAAAGACUUGACUAUCAGCACAGGAGCAUCACAGGGAGUACUGCAGGAUGUGAACCUACCUGACUGUGCCGGAGGGUACGCUUACCGGGAGAGUGGACUGCUAACCUCACUCACAAGGAACAGAUUCAUCUACUGGCGAACCUCUCAUGAUGUUCUAGAACUGACGGAAAUCUCCCUGGAUCACAACCUCUCCGGGAAUGCCGUCAGGAUCAGGCUCCAAGAUGCUACCAUACUACCCCGGCGGAUCACCCUCCAUGAAACGCAUUCCCACGUCGUCAUUCUGGUCGCCACCAUCAACAGCGUCCACAGGCUUGUCUUGCCUCACCCAAACCGCCUCCACAGAAAUGAUGUUUACUCCCACAACGUGACCCUUCCGUCCAUCUUUGCGGACAUCUCCGUCGCCAACUUCCGAGACGCGACCAACUUCCAUGUGAUGGGACAGGGCGGGUCAACGUCCUAUGAGUUUCAGACGGUCUCAUCCUGGCUGACCGGUGAUGGGGAGGCCGUGUUUGCUUUGGCCACGACAUCGGGCAGCGUGAUCCUGGUCAAGCUGCCACCAAUUGGUGUACAAGGUAUCAUAACUCAACAUGAGUUGAAGCAAGCCACAGUGAUGCAGCGUUUGUGGACGGGCCUAGUACCUGCCGCCAUCAGGAAAGGUCAGGAGUCAAUGGAUGCCACGACCAGCUUGACCCUUCACCCUUUGAACCAUGACCUUUUUGCCUUCUGCACCUGUAAGGAUCAUAAACUCAAGAUGUGGUCAUGCAAGUCCCAGACCUGCGUGUUGACUCUGGAUAUUCUAGACCUCAUUCCAAGUUCCGACAGCCUGACCGAUCAGCCCGCCUCCAAACAUGAGAUAAGACAUGCCCUCGGCAGCGACUCGCACACCCUCAUCCUUGGUGUGUACUUAAGCUUUGCCAAUCAAAGCCAGUUUGUGAUUCUCCAGCCGAUUCUUCAGGACGGUCAGUACAACCUCGCCCUCGUUGGGCUGCUGAAUGACGACAAGACCAACACCCUGGUGGACUUUGGGCUGACCCUGGACACCCUAUGGGCAACAUGGAACAGUCCGAGUGGGGAGACGGUGGUCAAGUUUACUACCUACGAGGGGACAUCGACCCGUGAUCGUGUUUGGAACAGCGUCUUCAUGGAGCCUCUACACAGCCCUGAUGUUAUCAUCCCACCGUUCUUAGAACCCAGAGAAUCUUAUUUGGAUCACAUUUUCCAUCCGGGACGUUUCUCUCUACAAUCCGUAUACCGUGCUUUGAAUAUUUACGGCCGAUCGAGCGGCCCCGCCUCAUCAUCGAUGCUCGACCCAGUCCUCUUGACCCUUGAGGUCCUCCGAGCGGAGGUCACCGAGGUCAUCGAGAUGGAGAUCCAGCAGAAAGUCGGAGGCAGCGAAAUGUCGCAGGAGGAGUAUCGAGAGCUGCUGGAGCAGAGCUGGUCCCGCUUCUACACAUGCUGCGUGCAGUAUCAUGAGGUGGCAAGUAAGCCGUUGGGAAUCAUGUUGGAUCCCAACACGGGGAUGGUUUGUCUGCUUAAAAAGAAUCUUUUGUCUGUGCUGAGACCAUGCGAUGCCGUGGAGCAUAUGUAUCUGGCGCCCUCUGGUGGCUGUGAUGUCCAGGAUUUCCCCUUUGUUGCUUCAGAGAAGUCGGUUUGUCGGGACCUGGUGACUCUCGGAGAUUGCCUGAAGAUGGUGUCCCAUGCCCUGAGUCCAGAGAUCAAGAUGUCGUUUGAGCAUGACGUCUACCAGCUAGAGAAACCGGACGUCAUCGCUCAACAGAUUGCUGGAGAUCUCCUCGGAGAGACAAUGGAGAGCCCCCAGGUUCCAUCAAUCACCUUCGUCCAGCAGCUUUCAAACAGCCUCCAAGCUUUACAGGAUCCAGUCCGUGCCAUCGUAACGCUCCUCAAUGCUAUGGAUCUAGCUGACGGCAACCCCAUGUCACUCAUGGUGGACGAUGAAGCCCCUGAUGCCAUGGAGCAUUUGACCACAAGUCAUCUGUUCAGCAGCUCCCAGGGUGUGUCUAUCUUAGCGGCUAGCUUCGUCCAGAUGGCUGGCACUCGAUUCCAGCUACUCAGAGAUCUACUCAUCCUAGAGUGUGCCAUGGUCAAACUCGGUGAUCAUACGUCACUUUCAUCAGAUGCGAUGGAUGACCUGGAUUCAGAAAUCAUCUCAGAGACGGCAUCCUGUCUCCUUGCCUAUUACUCCUUACACUGGGUGGGCAGUUGCCUGGCGAGCACCGUACCGACCAAUUCACUAGAGGCCAACCUGAGACAACUGGCAGCACUUGAGAUCACAGACAGCUCAGUGGGUCUGACCUCGCCCCUUUCAUCAGCCCAGGCCACCAUGGGCGCGCACACACCCACACUGGCAGAGCUAUUCCUUAAAGGGGUCGGAGGGUCACAGAUGAGGUCAAAGGUCAUGAAGGCUGGAUACACCAAGGCGAACGAGUGCGAGACGUGGACGACCAUUUUGCAGCCGUGUGUGACUGCACUCACACAGAUGAUCUGGCCAAUCAGUGGCAGUUUUCUGUUUCCAGAAUUCUUGAUGGGAAAGUGUCAAUAUGCACAGCUACAGGAGUACAUCCGUCUUCUGAACCCAUGGUGCGACUGGAACAUCUCUUCGCGCCACUUCCUGCUCGGCCACUCGCUCCUGAACACCGGAGAACCUCACAAAGCGCUAGCCUGCUUCCUCAAGGCGUCGCAUCGCAUUGCAGACGAAGACUUCCUCCUGAAUAAACUCCUUCUGACUGACGAAUAUGAGGGCAAGAAGCUGGACGUCUUGUAUUACUUGAAGGUGAUACGCUUACUUGAGCAAUUCUCCAUGCCAGAUCUAGUCAUCUCGUUAGCAAGUACAGCCCUGAGUGUUGCUGAUGAUGAUGACCCUAAUGUGCCAACGCUGUGGUCCAAAGUCUUCAAGUACCAUUUAGAGUUAGGACACAAUGAUGAAGCUUACGCUGCCAUGGCAACGAACCCUGACCCUGAAAGACGUCGUGACUGCCUUCGUCAGUUCAUUGUAGUGCUAUGCAAGAUGGGACAGACCAAGGAACUCAUUCAGUUUCCGUACAUUGAUCUUCAUGAUGAGGUUGUGGCCAUCAUGGAGACUAGGGCACGCUCAAUGGACCUGAUGGCAACACGGAACUUCUAUGAUCUCCUCUACGCUUUCCACAUCUUCAGGGGAAAUUACAGGAAAGCCGGUAGUGCAAUGUAUGAGCACGCCAUACGUCUAAGCCUAGAGGUGCCGACACUGGACGGACUGAGAAGACAAGCUAAAUACUACUUGGCAGCAAUGAACGCCCUGGACCUGGUCAAUCCUGACUUUGCUUGGAUCGUCAAGCCUGUUGCAGUCGAUGAACCGCACAAUGAGGAUCUAGUUGGUGCCUCCCCCAAGAGAGAUUACAAUGGCGAGAAUCUAGACCCACCAGUGGUGAGGCGACAGGUGAAGGUCAUUGAACUCUGUGACCUUAAGAAGGAGUACCAACUCAUCGACGCUCGGCUCAAGAUUGCUAAUCAUGAUCCGGACUCUGUCUACACAUCAAUGGGGCCGAUUCUUAGCCCAGAGGAAACCGUCUCUCAGCUUGUACAGACUGGUCUGUUUGAUACUGCUACUGCCGUCUGUAAGACUUUCAAACUUAGCCUGGUGCCAGUCUUCGAGGGACUCACGACAAAGUGCGUGAAGCUGUCGCUGAAUGGACUGACAGACUCGGCUUGGAAGUGGCUGUCUGUCAAUGAUCUAGGAACUUUACAUCCAUCGAGAGAACUCAGUCCGGCAGACCUGGCCUGGCGGCUACUGAAGCUCUACCUGGAGAAACAUGACAACAUCGGUGACCAUUCUCACUACAAGUGUGUUAUCAAUAAGCUGCUCUCGCUCGGGUACCAGCUACCAACAUGGCUGAUCAAUGCAUACAAAAAGUUGAAUCCAGCAUCACUACUGCUCCUGUACAUCACAUAUGACAUGCUAGAAGAAGCUACAGCCCUAGCUAUGGAAUACAUAGAUGCUGUGCAAGGCCACGGUUCUGAAUACUUCGGUCUUAAGAAUCAUUUGAGAGCGACAUCGCCAAGUGUUUGGCUUCCAUAUCAAUCCAUUGAUCACCUUCUCAGUGCACUGAAGGACCAAUCAGAUCCAACCAUUACACAGUUGUCUCGGGAUCUGAACCUAAAGCUUCAUAGGUACCACAAGCAUGUCAAGGACCUGUCCCGUGAGAUGAUCAGGAUCCGGUCCCAGGCAGUCAACGCAAGCUGAGUAAUAACUAUUUAAACGGUGGCCACAUGUGAGUUGAGUUGUGCGUUGGUUCUCUGCUGUGCCACUCGGGUUUUCCAGACUAUCCGGUUUUCCUCCCUCAG